AUGAACUACGGGCAGCACGCUUCUGUUCCCAGCCGUAUCCAGAAAAGAGCGGCUCCUGAAGGCCAGUCACUGUUAGAGGGGGAUGCUGGGACCUAUAUCCCUCCAAACCCCGAAGCCCGGCGCGCGCUGGACCUGGGAGUCGCCCAGCACCCUCCCAGCGCGCGGACUGCUGCUGCGUGGGACCGGCCAGGAGCGCUCCCCCGCCAGCACCUCCUGCCAGACCAGUCUCUUCGUUUGGCCAAAGGCGGAAAAAGCAGUAUCCAGAGACCGAAGACAGCUCAGCCAGCAGUUGAAGGCGGAGAGAAAACUGCGGCUCCCAUAGAGGGAUUAUCUGUCCAUUUAGAGCUCCGCAAAGAAACAGUGUUUCCGCGACGGUAUUCACAGCCUCGGAGGAACCGCUUCCAGCGUCCCGGCGAGGACUGGAGCUCAAAAGCUGCGAGGCUCCCCGGGCCCUCGCCGUGGUGGAGCCCAGCUCGCCCGGGUUUCGGGCCGCAGAACCGCACGAGGCUGAACGCGGCGCACGAGGGAGGCGCGCUCUGGGCCGGGAGCCUCGGGAUGCAGGCGCUUCAAUCACUUAUUAUGGAUGCUUUCCAUGAUAAAGGAUUUCAGAAAAUAAAAGAGUAUUUUCAACAGAGAGAAAGCCGCGUUCCUCAAAAAUACAAUCAUCUUGUAUUCUAUUAUCUUGACAGAUCCAUAAAUAAGCAACUGGAGAAAAAUGAAUUUCGGCAUGUUUCGCUGUUGCUGAAAUGUCUUCAACGAUUCUUCAUUGACGGCCUCAAAGAAGAGGAGCCUUUGCUGAUUCAGCAGGGACUGAUCCCAAAGAUGGUUUCCUGGUUUGAAAAAACAACCGCAUCUCUGACCACGGCAGAGUCCGCGUCCGACACAUCCCUCACUGAUGUUAUAGAAGACUUCUUUGACACAGCCUUGAUUAUUUCCAGGAGUAGUAGUAAAGGGAAAAUGCAGAUUUUGGAUUCCUUCAUAUUUACCUUAGGGUUUCUGGUGACAGAAAAGACUGUAAGUCAUCUGAUUCAACAGGAGGCUUUGAAAACUUUGAACUCCAUUUUGCAUGACCUGCCUCAGGAAGAGCGAAGACGACUCCCUUUGUUGGAAGGCCCAAGUCGUCUUAUGAAAGACCUUGCGAGGACAAUCUUGACUGUGGGUGAUUAUGACCAGCAGGUUGCACUUUCUGAAGCAUUGUGUAGACUGACCUUGAAGAAAUCAAGGGCUGAGCUUGUCCAUGAGUGGUUUGAAGAUGAUGUCCUUGCUGAAGCUUUCAAAGAAAUUAAAGAUCGAGAAUUUGAGACGGAUAGUAGACGGUUUCUCAAUUACCUAAAUAACCGACUUGGUGAUAAGAGAAGGGUCUAUUCAUUUCCGUGUAUUGCUGCUUUUGCUGAUGGGCAUGAGAUGAGAAAACCAGAAGAUGAAAAACUAGAGAAAUUUUGGAUUGACUUCAACCUCGGAAGUCAGAGUGUCACUUUUUAUAUAGACAAUAGUAAGAGUGCUCUAUGGGACUCAGUAAGACUUUUGAAGGAAGCAGUGGUUAAUUUCAGCGUACUAGAAACUGAAAAUAGGAAGAUCCUCAUUAUUUGCCUGAAGAAACCUAUUAAUAUUGACAACAAAGAAGUGAUGAAAAUAGAGGUCCACUUUGAUUCGCAAUUCAACAUAUCACAAGCUUCCAUUGAAGCUUUAGGAGAAGACAGACAGAUGUUGCCUGACCAGACAAGAAGCUCCUCAGAACUUUCUAGUAAAUUUGAGAAAGAAGACCUUGACUUUCCUAGCACCCUUGAACGAGAGACAGACCAGAAAGAAGAAUCCACCAAGCUGGCAGAGUUAAUGAGUGCCAAAGAUGACCAAUGCCCAAUAACUCUCCCCUUAAAUGACCAGUCUGAGCCUGUCGUGAGUAUAGGAUGCUGGGUACAAGAUUCUGAACUGUCUGCCAGGAUGCAGACAGUCACUUCAAAAGAUUCCUCAGAUUUACAAGAACCAUCAGUAAAAAUUCAGGAUCCUAAAUUAAAUGACAAAUCCAGGGCCGAAUCUGCUUCUGAGGGUGGAAGAAAGCAGGAAACAAGGACGCAGCUUAAUUACAGGAAACACAUCUUCUCGGAGAGUAAUAAAGAUUCAAGUAGCAGCACCAGUGAACGAUCUUGGACCAGCAACCAAAAAAAGAAAUCCCUAAAACCAUAUUCUGGUAGAAAAAAGACAAGAAUCAGAAACAGCGUAAGAGUUUUGCCAUUUUCCCCUCCCAGCAGUGGCAGUGACCAUGAGAAAGACCAAGCUAAACUUCUAACACCAUCAUGGAAGGAAACCUCCAAGCAGAAUAAUUCCACACUUUUAAAAAUUUCUGUAACAAAAUUUCAGGCUAAUUCUGACUUUUUAACUCCUGAAGAUUCUGCCCAGAAAACAGAACAUCAAAGUCCCCACCUGCCGAGCGAUCUGUCAUCCUUGGAGCAUUCAGAAGUUGAAGAAAAUAUAUCGAAGGAAAACACUGUAGACCAAGAAUCCUUGAUGAAAACUCCUAGCUUCAAACAUAAACUGCAAAGCUUGGAAGACGGAGACCUAGCAGAUGGCAGUUUGGCUAAGUCAAAACAGUCAAAAUUGGAAGAAGGUGAUGCUCCAGAGUCCCUCCCCUCAGUGACGGAAGAGACCGACUUAGCAGAAGGCAUUCCUACUCCAUCCCUAGUGGUUGUGCCCGAGAAUUUGAAGAGUUCUGCUGUUCUCCUAGCCCUCGAAAACUUCACUAGAGAACUGCAAAGGAAAUCAGAGCUUAGGUACGAAGGGAGUCCACUUUAUUCAGAAGAUGCCAAGCAAGCACCAGAUUGCUUAAUCCGACUUUUAAACCAGAUACGUCAAUGCAGACUGAAUAAACUAGAGCAGUUUCACAGUUUUGUUCUUCAAGAGCUAAACAGUCUUGAGAAGGAUAUUGAGACUCUGAAACACCUUGAGAAGGAUGUUCUGGAAUUUUGGGAAAAACAGUCUGAUGACUUGAAAUCAUUCUGCGAUCUCCAAGUACUGAGGUAA